UCUUGACGCAAUCCCGUGUUUGAACAGUCUUACGUGUCAUUCACGGUUCCACUGUUUUACAGACCUCCUGGACACUUUUGGACAACAAAUCCCUAAGCAUGAAGGCUUUGAUCCUGGUAGGAGGGUAUGGGACACGGCUCCGACCACUAACCCUAAGCGUUCCCAAACCACUGGUGGAGUUCUGCAAUAAACCCAUCCUGAUGCACCAGGUGGAGGCUCUGGUCAAGGCUGGGGUGGACCAUGUGGUUCUGGCCGUGAGCUACAUGUCUGAGCUGCUGGAGAGAGAGAUGAGAGUCCAGGAACAGAGACUUGGGAUUAAAAUCUCCUUGUCUCAUGAGACAGAGCCUUUGGGAACUGCGGGUCCUCUGGCGUUGGCUCGAGAACUGUUGGAUGUCGACAACGAACCAUUUUUUGUCCUGAAUUCAGACGUCAUCUGUGAUUUUCCCUUCAAAGAUCUUCUGCAGUUCCACCACAAUCAUGGCAAGGAGGGAACCAUAGUGGUAACUCGGGUGGAGGAGCCUUCUAAGUACGGUGUGGUGGUGUUUGAGACAGAGAACGGGAGGAUCCAUCGUUUUGUUGAGAAACCUCAAGUCUUUGUCUCAAACAAAAUCAAUGCCGGCAUGUACAUCUUCAAUCCCAGCAUGCUCAGCAGGAUCCAGCUAAGGCCAACUUCCAUAGAGAAAGAAAUAUUUCCUGUCAUGGCAGAGGAGGGUCAGCUGUACGCCAUGGAGCUCCAAGGUUUCUGGAUGGACAUUGGUCAGCCUAAAGACUUUCUGACAGGGAUGUGUAUGUACCUUCAGUCUGUACGACAACAUGCCCCUGAGAGGCUACACACAGGGCCCCGUUUCCUUGGCAACGUUCUGGUGGACCCGACAGCUCAGAUCGGGGAGAACUGCACAAUUGGCCCAAAUGUGACCAUCGGUGCUGGUGUGGUUGUGGAGGACGGUGUCAGGAUAAAACGCUGCACAGUACUGAGAGGGGCGCGAGUGCGAUCGCACUCUUGGCUGGAGAGCUGCAUCGUGGGGUGGAGCUCCUCUGUUGGCCAGUGGGUCCGUAUGGAGAAUGUGACCGUGCUGGGGGAGGAUGUCAUCGUGAAUGACGAGCUUUACCUUAAUGGUGCCAAUGUCCUGCCUCACAAAUCCAUCAACGAGUCGGUACCAGAACCCAGGAUUAUCAUGUAGCAUCGGGUGGAUAAGACAUUUUCUUGAACUUUAUUGAAUACCCAAACUGUGCCAGAGAAAGUGAGAGAGAGAGAGAUAGGGGAAAACAGACGAGAAGAGGGGAGUAGAGGAAAAAGAAGGCUCUUUUUUAACAUUAUAUUAAUUUGGACUCGUUUUUUGCCCUGCUUGGCUGCACCUUCCAUCUAUCAGACACAAUGGAAUAAGCAUAUGACGAUGUGUCAAUAAGCAUUCUGAACCAUCAGGCUUAUUAAAGUUUGCGUCUCCAUUUCAGGUAAAAUAUGAAAUGCUAAUGCCCUGAAACUGGCAGAUGGUGAACAUGUCGUGUGAACACUGCUUUAUUGGAUGGAGUAAAGGUUGGAGGCAGGCUGGUUUACCUGCACUGGUGGAGGGACUAAUCCUGAGUGUUUUUAGGAAGAAACUGCUUUUUAGAUGCACUCUUUUUGGAUUCAGCUACAGCAAAUCUGUGAAGGAUCACACUACCUUGACAUGUUGGCACUGAAAGAUUUUUAGAUUUGACAAAGAAAUGCAGCAUCGGUUUUAAUUAUGCACAUCUUAAAGAAACUGAACAAGUUGUAAAUACAGCGUCUGAAUCUGUGAAAGUCCAGCAGCCAUACAGAAAUGUCAUCCUUUGAUUGGAAUCAUGUUUGCAUCCUUCUGAUGAAAGUGAUUUGAUAACUGUUUAUGUAUAAAAUAUUGAUCAAUGGGUUAGGGUUAGCUUUAACUGGUUAUCAAAUUUUCUCUGUAAACUUGGUUAAAGGUUUGUUUGUUUUGUUGCCAAACUGUUUACUUCUCUGAAAAGGUAAAUAUAGCAAGAUUUUGUUUUUAAGUAAUUUAAUUUUUAAGUAGUUAUUUGAGAUUGACUCUAGGAAUUAUAUAGAGAUCUUGUUUCUAUGCUGCUGCAAAUUCAUUCAUUGCUUAUAGAGGGAUCCUUCUAUGAACUCAUUACGAUUCAUCCUUUCGGGACCAUGAGCCAAAUUUCAUGUUUGUCUGCCCAGUAGUUACUGAGACGUCUCACUCUGUCUGCGUCCAUAAGCAUUAUGUCAGUUUGAAACAGAUUUUACUGUACACAGUCAAAUGAAGGCUUUAUGUCAACUUGAGAAAUCAUCAGUAGAGGUAAUGUUAAAUAAAACCGAUGAGAAGUUGAAGGCUUCUGGAGCACAGAAUCAGGUUUGACCUGAUGUCUUGUAAAACACAGCAGAUAAAGUGCUGUAAUUCCAGACAUGAGGCACUGGUCUCUGAAUAUUAUGCAGUGCCACUAUGGUUGUUAUGCAGUUAGUGAUAAAACAGUAUUUAAGAUACUGAACAUGUGAAGACUCUGUGUCUGAAUGAAUGAAGUAAACUCUCGUAAUAAAGUCUUUUUAAAGAGAAUAAUAUAAUCUAUCCACAUUCAAA